CUGGGGCGCUACACAUUCAGCGUCAGUUCAGUGAUACGUUUUAUCCAAAGGACAUUAGCAGCCUUCAUCGGUUCACCAACUAGAAUCAUCACCAACACAAUUUCCAACGACAUGGCUUGCAUCAAAAUGAUCGGAUCCCUGGUUCUGGUGGUGCUGAUUGUACUGGCCCUGAGCAGCACCACCGAGGCUGGCUACCGGAAGCCACCAUUCAAUGGAAGCAUCUUCGGCAAGCGGAAUGGAAAUUCCAUCGAUUACGAGGGAAACGCGAAGGUGCUGUCGACCAUGUGCGAAAUAGCAGCGGAAGCAUGCCAGUCCUGGUUCACUCAAGAACAGAAGUAGUUGCCCGCAUCGAACGAUUAAAUUUCCAACGCCAUAAUCGGAAGAUGAAUUUAGGUGACCAAUAUCCCCGCCUUUAUUGCCUACAUCCAUUACUCAUCUAGCCAUUUGUAAUCAUCAAUGUACAGAAGAAUUGCGACAGAGGACAGACAUUGUUUGUGCCAUGGAGGCGAAGAAUGUUUCAUGUUCGAUGUGCUACGUGUUUGAAUAAAAUGCAAGAAAGUCAUCCUUACACGGAACUACAAAUCAACUAAA